CGUCGAAGAAAUCAUGGCGCGCCAUAACUGUGGUUGAAGUGGAUGAGCAAGAAACUGAUAGCGCAGAGAGAGACAGAGAGACAGAGAGUCCUACAACGCUGUGCAUUCCUUGAAAUUGAAUUGAGUGAGUAAUGGCGAACCAGUUGGAGAACUUGGUGGAAUCGAUAAAAUCGAAGGUGAGAUCGCUGAAGAAGUCGAAGAAGAAGAAGCCGUACGUAAAGAUGGACAAGAGCGCCAGCGUCAAGGUCGAAAUUCGAAGCCGCCAGGCCCGCAACCUCAUCGACAAGACCCUCAAGGUCGCCGAUCGCCCUGGCAAGCGAACCAUUUCCUAAUCCAUUUCCUUUUCCUUUUCCUUUUCAUCUCUCUCUCUCUCUCUCUCUCUGAAUCGAUCUAUCUCUAUAUAUUCAUAUAUAUAUGUGUGUUAUAUAUCUGUGUAAAAUGGCCGAUUCUGUGUUUUGAUGAAUCUCCAUGUUUUGGGCGUUUUGAAACCGUUUCGGCCUUUGAUUUGAAAACUUUUAGUGAAAAGAAAGAUAAAUGUUUAAAGAAUUGGUGAUUGUGUUUUUAAAUCGUUGUUUGUUUGUUUGUUUGUUGCUAAUGGAGAUUGUUAGUUUUGAUUAUCAGAGUGAUUAUUAUGA